AGAAAACACGUUCAAGAUGGCGGAAGAGAAGCCAAAUCCUCUCACAAUUAGAGAUUUUAGUAAAGUCAUUCUCACACUAGAAACUGUUCUAAUUCCAGACGACAAACUUUCACCUACACCAUCCCUCCAAGAUGGCCUUGAUUCAGAUACAGAAAUGGACUUGCGUAUCCUAGGUUGUGAGCUCAUACAGUCAUCGGGAGUUCUUCUCAAACUUCCACAGGUUGCAAUGGCUACUGGUCAAGUUUUAUUCCAGAGAUUCUACUACUCUAAAUCUUUUGUCAAGCACAAUAUGGAGGUACUUGCAAUGGCAUGUAUAAACCUGGCAGCUAAAAUAGAAGAAUCUCCCAGGAGAAUCAGAGAUGUAAUCAAUGUGUUUCAUCAUGUCAAGCAGAUGAGAAAGCAAAAAACUAUUGUUCCUUUGAUAUUGGACCAAAAUUACAUCAAUCUAAAGAAUCAAGUCAUCAAAGCAGAACGCCGUGUAUUGAAAGAGUUAGGGUUCAGUGUCCAUGUCAAGCAUCCACACAAGGUGAUUGUGGUCUAUCUCCAAGUGUUGGAGUGUGAACAAAACCAAAAACUGGUGCAGUGUGCAUGGAACUACAUGAAUGACAGUUUUAGGACUAAUGUUUUUGUAAGAUUUCUUCCAGAAAGUAUAGCUUGUGCCUGUAUAUACUUAGCUGCUAGACAAUUGCAGAUUGCUCUUCCAGAUAGACCGUCGUGGUAUUCCAUAUUUAAUGUACGAGAAGAUGACAUUCAGGAAAUAUGUCUUACAAUAUUACGUCUCUAUGCUCGUCAAAGACCAAAUGUAGAAGAACUUGGGGCCAAAGUAAUGGAAGCCAAAAGAAUACAGAUGGAAAACAAGAAAAAAUCAAAAGGAAUGACAUCAGAUUAUGGAACUCCAAACUCAACAUCUAGAGCUAAUUCACCAAAGAAUGUUAGUCCAAACCCCACGUUACUAGGGAGUAUCAAACAGUUGAAGUUAAAGAAAGAAAAAGAUGAUAAUACAAGGAAACCUGAUGGAGGCCUUAUUAAAAAUGGCAACAAAAGGAGAAGAAGUCAUUCAUUUUCACCGGAUAAGAGGUCAUCUGGUAGUAGCCUUAGUCCACCCAGGAGUCCUAUUUCUAAAAAGAAGAAGCAUAAAGACAUUGACUCUCGUAGAAUUAAGAAGGAAAAUGCUGAUUAUUAUAAAGGUUCAAAACUCUCUCACAAAAGAAAGAAACAAAUGUCAAGGUCUUUUAGUAGAUCUUUGAGUAGGUCACCAGAAAGACUGUAUAAUAAAUCUAGUCAUUAUAAAAAGUAUUACAAAGACAAAUAUGAUCACAAGGAUCACUACAAUGACUAUAAAGACAGGAAUGAUUACAAGGAUAAAGAUCGGUAUGAGUACUCGCCUGACUCUAGGUACGUCAAAAGGCAUAGGAAUGGUCACCGCAGCUCUUCCCCUGAACGAUAUGAUAGAUACCGUCGAUAAUUAUUGUUUCUUCAAAUCUGUGAUAAUGGUGCAAAAUUGUAAAGAAUUGAAUAUAUUAAACUAUGUCUUUCUUAUGUGGAAUUUAUUUGUAAGAAUCAAUUGAAUCAUUGUGAAGAUUGAUAUUAAAGUGCUGUAGAUAUUUAUUUUAAUAUGUACAUUGAAAAUUAUUUUAUGUUGAAAGGGAUCAAUACUUGUGUGCAAAAGAGCAUUGUGUGAUAUGGAAAACAUGUGCAAGUGUAAAGAGACUGCAAGGGGAUAGUGUUGUAUUUGUUAUGGUUGUUUUGAUAAUGCAAUGAUGUAUGUAAAAAGUGUAUAAAUGUGAGUUGUGACAAAUGUGUAGAUGAUGAAAGAAAUGAAGAAGUGAUUUAUAGUUGCAGUUUUCCCCAUGAGAAAUUUUUGUAUGAAAGAUGUCCAUAUAAAGGUUGAAAGACUUAAACAUAUUGAAUAGUACUUAAAAGAAGAAAAAAAUUAACUAAACAUUUUUAUAGUUCUAGAACCAGAUAAAAAUUGUAGUAAGAAAAAAUUCUGAAGAUCUAAAAAAAAAUACACCUAUAUAUAUAUUUAAGAUGAAAAUCUGUUUUAAAUUUUGUAAUGAAGUGUGUAACUGAUUCUCAAUUUGUUUCCAUAUGAUUAAUAUAGUUUGCAAACAUGUGUUUAACAUACUUCAUGUACACUUAUUUGGGUAUUAUUACUUCAAUCUCAGGGUAUCAUACCACAUCUGUAAUUAAAGAUCUGAAUCAUGAUAACAAUUCAAAAUAAAUAUUGAAAUAAAA